CCAACACUCUUCUUUUAGAUGACGUUCGAUAAUGCUCUUCCACUGCGGUUGUUAAUGUAAAUUUGAGGUUGGGCAGAAUAUGAAUAUUAGUAAUUCUGUCUUCAUAAAUAUUGAGAGCAACAACGGUACUGAGGAUGUAGCAAAUAAGUUUAUGAAUUUUGAUAAAUGAAGAAACCCAGUCGGAGACUCGGUAAAGUCAAAGUGCAGUCAAUACUUUGAGCACAAAUUUCAUUCAUGAAGGACCAAAAAUGGCAUCGAGUUUUAAGGAUUCAAGAAUAGUUGAUACAUCAACUAAUUGUAUAAAUCUAACUAAUAAACUUAAUAAGAAUUCUGAUUUAAAAACUAUGAAGUCCAUUAUUGAUGAAUCUUACGAAGGAAAUUAUGAUACACAUAUUUCAUCAAUGGAAAUUUUGAAACAAAUUAAAUUAUUAGAUAAUGUAGAUCAUAAUUAUAGUGAUCCAUUGUUAGCAAAAACUGAGAGCCUUGAAAACAUUGCUAAUAUUAGUUCUAAAAGUAAUAUUAUAUAUUCAAAAGUAACUCAUGGAGGAAAAGAUAAAUAUAUCGGAUUAAAAAUAACAAAUAUAAAUGAUCUUAAAAAAGCAACUCCUCGUCUUAAGUUACCAGCAAUAUUGUCAUCGACAGCUGUUAAAAAAAGUCCUCCAGUACCUGCCGAAAUUAAAGAAAAAUUGUACAAAUAUUGUCGUACUUGCGCGGGACUGAAAGUUCCGUUAGUUGAUAUAUUUAGUGAAAAAGGAAUUCAAAUGAGACUUAGUCAACAAAUACAGCACUUAGAAGACAUCGAUAAAGAUGAUAGCUUAUCGACUCAAAUGUGUAUGGACUGUAUUUGCGAUUUGAAAAUGAGUUAUAAAUUUUUUAUGCAAAUAAAGAAAGCUGAAAUGAAAUUAAAAUCAAUUUGUAACUCAUUCAAUGAUUCUAUAUUUAAAUCAAUUCAAAUAAAUACAGACAAUGAUUCUAUAGAAACAAUUGAUUCAAAACCUAUUGUUUUAAGCGAUGAAUCAAUAACAAAAGUGGAUAAUGAUGUAGAAUGUAAAGAUAUUAAAAAUGAACUAGGAGAUUAUUCUUUUAGUAGAAAUAAUGAAAGCAUUAACGAUGAAAACGAAUCUAUUGAAGAAUUUGAUCCUGAUAAUCCUUAUGAUCCAAAUGAAAAUGAAACGAUUAAAAGUAUAGAUUCUGAAAUUUGUAGUGCUGAUAUCAUGGAUGAGAACAAAACGACUGCCUAUAGAUACGAUGAAUCAUUAAAUGCCUAUGUUAAGAUUGAUAAUGUUGAUAAAGAUGAAGUAAUAAUAAGUAAUGAAGAAAAAGUUAAACCAGAAUAUAAUAAUGUUAAAACAGAGCCUAUUAUUUCGGGAUCUUCAAAUCAACAUCCAAAAAUGCCCAACAUAUUAAAAAGAAAAUCUGUUGGAAAUACAAGUGAUGAAAGUAUCGAUAAUAUUAGUAAAAUAAAUUUUCAAAAAUUAAAUAUUGGUUUAAAGGAUUUAAAAAUUCCAAGAUUAAAUCUUCAAGAUACUGUGAACAUAAAGACAGAAGAAAAUGGUAUUAUGUACGUUACAGCUAAAGGCUCAAAACCUAAUGAGAUGCUCUUAAUAAAAGUAAAAAGGAUGAGUAAAUUAGUAGAAAAAAAAAGUGACAAAACUCAAAGUAAAAGGAAAUCAGAUUCAAGUAUUGUGCACAAGAUAUUUCCUAAAUAUGAUAGCCAUAGUGAAAAGGGUAAUUAUAUUGAUGAGCAAAUAGAGCAGUACAAAAAGAGAAGGGUUGAAGUUUUAGGACAAACUGCUAAUGUUUCAGAAAUAAAUGUUAUGGAAAAGGAAUCAGAUAUUAGAAUUCCAACUAACAAUAAUGCAGCUGAUCUAGAAAUUGUUGAUUCAGAAGAGCAGGGACAAAUUGAUGAAGUAGAAGAAAUUAAGAAGGAUGACAUUGAUAAUAUUUCACAAGUGCUUAAAGAGAUGCCAGCUAUUGCUCCGCAAUAUGCAUCACGCUUGGAAAAAUUGAAGCAACGAUGGAAAGAUAUUAAAAAACGACAUGAUGCAAUCAAUAAAGAUUUAGCAGAAGAUUGCACCGAUAGGUUGAGGACAAUUUUAAGGCAGAAAGAUGAGUAUUUAUUAGAUUUUAUUAAUUAUUUAAAACAGCGUAAAAUCGUGGCAUCGCGUUUAAAAGAUGAAGACAUUAUUUCAUUAUAUGAAGUAAAAAAUAAUGUAAUUUUGGAAAGAUUACCAUUAAUUACUACUACUGAUGUAGAAGAUAACGUCGACCCUUUUGAAUUAAAAGAAGACUACCAAUGUGACUUUUGCGACCAGUCUUUUCCAAAUAGAGAAAUGGAAUAUGAACACGCGAAAAUUCACGACUUUAAAUUAAUGCAUUACUGUGAAGAUUGUAAAAAUGAAUUUUUUACACAUAAGGCAAAGCGUGCUCAUAAUAUUAAAUGUGUACAAAAAUUUUUGUGCAAUUAUUGUGAUAUGAUUUUAGUAUCAAAAGGUAAAAAACGCCAGCACGAGCAGAAGCACUGUGAUGAAAUGAACGGCCAACUUUGCGAUUUGUGCGGGGAAAAAUUUAAGCACCAAGGGACUUUAGAUCAACAUGUAAAGUCUCGACAUAUGCAGCUUGAAAAGAUUUACAAAUGUCCGCAGUGUACAAAGAGAUUUGCUUUUAGGACAAAGUUAACCUUUCACUUAAAAUCCGUACACACAACUAGCCGAGCUUUUCUAUGCGAGGAUUGUGGAUCUGAUUUUAAAAAUCCCGCUAGUUUGAGGCAUCAUAGAAUUCGAAAACAUCAAUCAGUAAAUAAUAAAAAAGAGUGUAACAUCUGUCAUAAAUUGGUUCCAGUUUAUAGCAUGUCAAAACAUAUGCACACGCAUAAAGCGUAUACUAUUGAAUGUCCUCAUUGCGAUAAAAUGUUCAAGAAUACGUCGACCCUGAAGCAACACAUAAGAAUCCACGAGGAUCAGCGACAAUAUAAAUGUGACCUGUGCGGCGUUGGAUUUAAUAGACGCGACGGCCUGAGAUUGCAUUUGAAAGUUCACGAGAAAACCGACAGCAGGGGACUAAAGGAAUGCUCGUGUCAGGUUUGCGGUGAGAAGUUUCCAAAUCACUCGAUGCUUGUGAUUCAUAGGAACCGCACUCAUAAGGACGGUAGGAACUACACUUGUCACAUAUGCAACAGGUCCAUGAUCUCUACUCGAUCGUUGGAAUGGCACUUGUCGCAUAUACAUAACGAAAGAAUGCCGGGUAUCGUGAAGGAUGAUUCAAGCAUCGACGCCGAGACUAAGCGAGUCUCUUGCUACCAUUGCGACAAGACAUUUAAGACCGAAAUGAUACUGCGAACUCACGUGAAAAAUACUCAUGUACAGAAGGAGCCCGUGAAAUGUCUGGAUUGCGACUUAAUGUUUACGUCUGAGGUGCGUUUGAAGCACCACAUGAUGAUAACACACAAUCGUUUGGAGGGUACCUUGGCUUGCCCACAUUGUCCUAAACGAUUUGUCAAUCAGUUAAGAUUGAAAACACAUAUGAUUUCUCAUUCUGAUGAGAGACCGCACAGUUGUGACCUUUGCGGUUUUAUGUUGAAGACAAAGAUACAGCUGAUUAAGCACAAGCAAAAUAGACAUAGUAAUGAAAGACCGCUUCAAUGCAAAUAUUGCUCGUGGAGAUGUAAGCAAGUCAGUGCGUUGGUUUGCCACGAAAGAACUCACACGAAUGAGAGGCCUUACAGUUGCAGUGUCUGCAAACAGAAAUUCAAAUACUUGGGUGAUAAGAAUAAGCAUGAAAGACGACACGAGAGUCUGGGUGGUUCUGGAUUUAAAAGAAUCGUUACUGGAAGGAAUACCAAUAAAAUUAAUCGAAAGAAAGAGGAAGAUUCACCGGACCAGGAUUCUGAACAAGAGCAGGAUGAUUAUGAAAUAGAUCAGGAUGGAGACGAUGAUUAUGAAGAUCAGGAUGAGAGUAUAAAAAUUAAUAGAGGAGACUACGACGAAUCACAAAUUGUAAAAUUCGAGACUGGAGAAAUUAUAGCCGAAGAAUCCGAAGCAUCUUUUGAAAGGAUGUAUGUUGAAGACACAUCACAAGAUACAAAUGAUGCGACCGAGGUUGUAAUGGGUAUGGAAGAAACAACAGUUUAUACCGAAGAAGUUACAGCUGAUCAUAUUGAACCUGAAAUAAUUACUAGUGAUAUUAUUGAUGAAUCUAUGUUGCAGCCAGGAACUGUUGUUCAUCUUCAACAAGAAGAUGAAACAGGAAAAAUUCAAGUGAUACCAGUCAUGUUGUCUUUGCCUGAUUUAUCAGAUGCUGCAUCUGAAGUUAGUUUAGCAACAGCUUCUAUAAUGUACAAUAAUUAAGAAUAUAUACAAUAAUCGUGUGUUAAAAUUUUUAUAUUAUAAAAAUUGAGACAUGCAUAAGAUUUUUCAAGUUCUUAUGCAAAUGUGAACUCUAUAAAAGAUAACACAGUGUGUCAGAUCGGUUUAUUACAAGAUACAGAAAUUUUGGAAAAUGAAUUUCACCGUGUAGGUAUAUUUUACUUCUUUUUGCAAAAUUAUAAGUUUUAUGUAUCACAUAAGGUAUCUUAGUGAAACGUUUGUUUUUUCUUGUAUUUAAUAGUCAUUUAUUUAUUAAUCAAUGAGGACUUUUUUAAAAAUAUUUGAGGAUCAUACAUUGUACAUUUACAUAAUCUAAUUCUGUUUCUAAAAUAUCUUCUAAAAAUGUUCCUCUGUAAUCAACAAUGUAAGUUUAAAGAAUAUAAAUUUUAUUAUGCUAUAAAGACUACUUGAAGCAAAAGAGUGUAUAAAAGUGUAGAAGUAUAAUAUAGAAAAUUUUGAAUAAGUAG